AUGAGUAGACAUAAAACUCAAUUCAAGACAAUCAAGAAGCGGACUAAUAAGACAUCCGAUUUGACAGAGAAGUUCAAGAAGAAUCUGCAGCAACAACUAGAUUCAGAUGAAGAUGAUGGAGACCAAUAAAAUGAGUAGAAAUCCAAACAUGAAAGUUUAGUCAAUGAAUAUUUGGCAUUCACUCAACUAGAAUAAGCACUAACCACAGGAUUACGAGCUGCUAUUUCAGGGGAUUUGGUACCUAAAAAUCCAUGGUGUGAAGUUUCAAGGACAUUGGGAGUAUAAAAUCUAAAAACUGACAUCUAUACAACAUUUGAAAAACUAGCAAAGAAUUUUAGGAAGACCCCAUGCAUAGAAACCAGAAAAUAUCACAUUUAUAAAAUUAGUUAUAGUUUCAAACAAAAGAUAAGAAUAAUUAAUUCUCAGAAUGAAUUAGAAGAAGUGUUUGAAGAACAGAAAUUUGAAGUUUAUGGCUAUGAGAAGAUGCUUGAAUAUGUGUUCCUGCCCAAUUUAAAAGAGUUUUAUUUUGCAAUCCAAAAUAUUUUACCUUCAUUUAUUAAGGAAUAUCCUCAAGGUAGAAUUCAAGUGGUAAAUUCAUUAUCUGGAGGAUAUAUCAUAAAAUCUGGUUUGAUUACUUAUCCAAAAGCUCAUCCAAAAGAUUUGGAAAUCAAUUGUGAAUGUUUUGUAUAAGCAAGUUCAGAUGAAGUCGCUUUUGAUAUGUUUGCCAAUUUUGUUUUUGAGGAUUGUCAGAGUAUCAACAAUAAAUAGGAUCUAAAUCUUAUCAAAGUGUUUCUCAUCUACUAUUUUGAUUAAGACAAAAAAGAAUAGAAAAAGAUUACUUGGAAAAUGAAAAAUAUUAGUAACACUAAUAAAAAUAAAUUUCUUAAUGAUAUAAAAGAGUACACUAAAAACAAGAGUAACAUUUAUUGGAAAGGUUAUUGUAGAGUGAAGGGAUUUGAAAAUCUUGAUCUUAUGGAAGGAAUUGAUGACAAUAAUCCAGAAGGGUUCUAAUAUAUAGAAGUCUAUAAAAUUUAUAAUCUCCAUCUUUUUAAAAAUGACGGCCAAUAAGUUUAGAAAAUAUCUUAUUAGAAUCAACCACUAGGAUCAUUACUGAAAGGAGUCUUCUUUGAUGAAGGUCAAGCUCAAAUUUAUGCUUCAUAUUUUUAUAAAGAAAAUGAAACAUUUAAUAAGAGUGUUUACUAUAAGGAUUUUGUGAAGAACCAUUUGAUGUUGGUUCUUAAAAAAUGGGAGGAAUAGAAUAUUGGUGCAUCUGCUUGGGAAUUGUUUUAUUUAGCAUUAUAUAUUGAGAAUGCCGAUUAAAGAAGAGAUUUGUUAGAUUCAAUCAUUUAGAUUAUUAGUAGUGACUAUUCAUCUUUAAUCCAAUUAACAAAAUUGAAUAAUAUCCUUUAAAUGUUAAUGGAGGAAUAUGAUAAAAAGUAAUAAGCCAUUCUAAGACCUAUCAUAACAUCUACUUAUAACGUUUACAGACAAGAAUUAAUGGUUACAUUUGGUAGAUCAUCUGGGAGUGAUAUUAUCAGAUACAGAGAGUUUCUAUUUAGAUUGUUAAGAGAAAUGGAGGAUAGAUAGGGUGGGUUCUUGAUUGAAGAGAAUUCAUAUCAAGUCUUAAAGGCAAUGGUCAAAGUUACUAAAUUUAUAGGUAUAGGCAACUUGUAGAGAGUUGGAGCUAUUACUGUCAGUUUAUCAUUAUAUAUAUUUGAUUCUCUUAAGUAGAAUAAAUUAAUAUCAGAAAACUCUGGUUAUUAUACAUAUGAGGAAUUUUAAUCACUGAAAGCACCUAAAAAAAUGUUACAUGUUAGUACUGAAAUUCAGGCCAAAAAAAUAGAUAAAGAAUUUAAAUAUAAAAAGGAAGCUGAUAUUGAGGAUGUCAUUAUAUUACAGUUCUUAAAUGAAUAUGAUCUUUUUGAUAAUUUGUAUUAUAUCUUAAGGGAUAUCUUUUUUGGUAAGUAGUUACCCAAUGCCUUACCCACAGCACAAUUUAAGGUCGAAACUAAGGCUAUCAAAUAUUAACUAUUCGAAAUUGAGAGAAAAGAAGUUUAUGAUCAAAUGAUUAAUCAAUUAAGUGAAGAUAAGAGGAUCAAUUAUGGAAAUGAUCCAAGUAUGGAGUUAUACAAUUUUAUCACUGAGGACAUGGAUGAUCUGGAUCUAAAACCUAUUAUUGGAUGGAAAUAAUGCCUAUAUUAUGCAGCUGUCUUUGAAAUAUCAGGUCUUAAAGCCUAUCUAGAUGAAUUCCCAUGGAGGAAGGCAUUAAAAAGACCUAUCCCUGAAGCUUACAAAGUUAUGCCUAUUUUAGCAGUGUCUGGAACUUAUCUAUUUCAUGAUGCUGAUGUCAUCAAUCGAACUUAUGGUGAAUGGAGUCUACAUUGGGAUUGGAUUGUCAAAGGAGCUUCCUAUCCACAUGCUUAAUAGAUUUUCAUAGAUACCAUUCUCAAAUAUGUUUCAUGGUUAGAAGUAUCCACAGAAAUGAUGGUCAUGGGAUUCUUUACCAAAAAAGAUAGAUUUGAACCUUUUCUGACUAUUGAAGAGAUUCUAAAGGCAGAGGAUCUUUCAGAAAUUAGAUAAAGAUUAUUAAGUAAAUUUACAGAAGGCAAGGCGGUAUUUUUUAAAACGAUUUUUAAAGUAGAAACAAGAUUCAAAAAUGUCAAUUUCAUUAUCAAUUUACAUUAUAUUGAUUAAAGUGGAUCAAAUUUGCAGAGUUUAUUAUAAGAAGAUAUUUGUGAAAAUUACUUUAGAGUUUUCUUUGAUUUAAGUGAAUUUAAACUAUGGAAUAGACUCUAUCCUUAUUCUAAUAAUAGAGCUCUCAAGUUAUUAACUCAAUAACAAUAGAAUGUGUUUUAUACUGGAAGUCUAAAUGAUGCGAUUAAGUUAGAAUUAAUAAAAUUUUAUGUCACUGAAAGUGAAGAAAUAUUUUUGACUAUGUGUAGAAUUCUGUUCUCCUAUUCUGAAUCCUUCUAUAAUUACUCAAAAGAGGCUGAAACUUUCUACUUCCUUUUUAAAUAUCUAAAUGAAUCAAAAAACAAAGAAAGACCCAAGAUUUCUUCUGCUAAUGAUAUAAGAGACUAUUAUUCAGAAUGGUAGAAAGCAUUUUAGGAUGACUUAAUUGCUUAUGAUAAUAUUUACUUUGAUUCUAUAGGAGCCACAGUAAUGAAUUAUCUGCAACAUGGCACUUAAGCAUUCGAUAACACUUAAACAGAUUUUGAAGGAUAUGCAGGCAAAAUGAUGAAAUUAUAUGAUAUGUGCUAAAUUAUUUCUGAUUCCGUUGUGCUAACAUAUAGAUAACUGCUAUUAGAAGACUAUGGGUACACUUUACUAUGGCUUCCAAAAUAAAGAUGA